UGCACCUUGAACUCAGUAAAGUAUAACAACCUCUCUCAAACUCUCGUCAUUUGGUCUCUUUUACGUUAAUAAAACACCUUUUUUUAAACAUGCAGAACUUCCCUCAGUUACUCAGGCAGACAAACGACGCGUUGUCGUGUUUGUCGCGGUGCAGAAACUGGAGAAAAUGCGUGAGUUUGAGAUGUAAUUCCAGGUUAGCACAGGUUAGCUCUAAUGCUAAUAUGUCACCCAGUUCCCGAAGGUUCACGAGUUCUUCCGAAACAAAGCCGGUGAGGAUCGGCUGUGCUUCCGGUUUCUGGGGGGACACCGCGACCUCAGUGCCUCAGCUGGUGCACAGUGGGAAUCUGGACUUCCUGGUGUUCGACUACCUCAGUGAGAUCACAAUGUCUCUGCUCACCGCUGCCAAGACCAAGACGCCUAAUCUGGGUUACGCUCCAGACUUCGUCCACGUCGCCCUCGCUCCGUUCAUCAACGACAUCCAGAGGAAAGGUAUCCGGGUGGUGAGUAACGCUGGAGGAGUGAACCCUCUCUCCUGCGCUGAAGCCAUACAGCAAGUCAUCAGGAAGGCCGGCCUCAACCUUAAGGUCGCCGUGGUGACGGGAGACGACCUCAUGCCACAUAGGAGCAGCCUCUCUGAAGUAAAGAUGGCCGACGGCAGCAGCAGACAGAAGCUUCCUAAAACUCUCCACAGCAUGAACGCUUACCUCGGGGCCCUCCCUAUAAAGCGCUGUCUGGACCUCGGGGCUGACAUCGUGGUGACGGGUCGCUGCGUCGACAGCGCCGUGACGCUCGCACCGCUCAUGCACACCUUUGGAUGGGAGAGGAGCGAGUAUGACCUUCUGGCAGCUGGGAGUCUGGCAGGUCACCUGAUAGAGUGUGGAGCUCAGAGUACAGGAGGCGUUUUCACCGACUGGCACAAAGUCCCUGACUGGGACAUCAUGGGUUUCCCGGUGGUGGAGGUGAGCAGCGAUGGGUCCUUCCUCCUCUCUAAACCUCCUCUCACUGGAGGACUGGUUUCUUUUGGAUCGGUGGCCGAACAGCUGGUCUACGAGAUCUCAGACCCAAAGAGAUACCUGCUGCCUGACGUGAGCUGUGACUUCAGUCAGGUGAUCAUCCAGGAAGUACCAGGUGUAGAUGGAGGUGCUGUCAAGGUGACGGGGGCUAAAGGCUCCGCUCCAUCUCAGGAAUACAAGGUGUGUGCGACCUACCUGGACGGUUUCAGAGCGACAGCUGUGUGUCCGGUCGGAGGUCCGAGAGCCGCGGAGAAAGCAAGACGCACCGCAGAGAGCAUCAUCAAACGGACGAGGGGGAUGCUGCAGCAGUUAAAGAUGGAGGACUUCAGCUCCGUUAACGUUCAGAUCCUCGGAGCGGAGGACACGUACGGACCCCACGCGCAGAGCAAGGGCUGCAGGGAGGCGGUGAUCUGGAUGGCCGUUCAUCACACACAGAAGAAAGCUCUGGAGGUCUUCGCUAGAGAGGUCGCUCCUGCAGGCACCGGCAUGGCUCCAGGACUCACUGGUAUCGUUGGUGGUCGACCCAGAGUCUCUCCUGUCCUGAAGGCAUUUUUCUUCAUGCAUCCCAAAUCUGAGCUGAAGGUGGAGGUGCACGUUGAUGGACAAGAGGCGGAGUCUAUUCAGGAGGCGGAGCCACACACAUCUGAACAGGAAGUCCCGCCCCCUUCAGCUCAGGAGGAACCUGACGCAGAGCUUCCCAGCGGCCCCCACAGCUUCAGACUGGAGGAGCUGGCCUUCACGAGGAGUGGAGACAAAGGAGACUCUGCCAACAUCGGAGUGAUCGCUCGUCAUCCUCUCUUCUUCCCUUACCUGAAGAAACACCUGACUUCUUCUGUGGUGGAGGACUACUUUUCCCACCUCAUCACACCGGGGACGAAGGACGCCGUCACACGGUACACUCUUCCUGGCAUCAACGGUCUGAACUUCGUCCUGCAGAGUUCACUUGGAGGGGGAGGGGUGGCGUCUCUGCGCAGCGACCCCCAGGGCAAAGCUUACGGUCAGAUGCUGCUCGAUCUGAAGCUGAGAAAUCUGCCCGACCUCAAGUCCCUGGUGGACUGAGAGAGGAAGAAGAGGGUGAGGAGGAAGAGGAUGAUGAAGAGGAGGAGAGGACAUUAAAAACAGCAGAGGACUCUCGAGACAUUUCACCUCCACAGAAACCCAGAAUGAGCAUUAACUAUAACUUCAUUCAUUUUUGGAGCAAAAGAACCGAAACACUCUGUAAUUAAACAUGUGUUAUUAUAGAGGUCCAACCUUAAGUGCACUUAAUGAUUAUUUGAUUGAGAGAAAUGUAGUUUUUUAAUUAAGAAAAUGCAGUUUAGAGAAA